AUGUGUGCAGGCUGUGGUACUGCUCCUGCAUUGGUUCGAUGCGAGAGCUGUGAUGAUUCACAAAUGUACUGUCACGGCUGCACUGUCACUAACCUUGCCCACCCAUCGCAUCGACGAAGGACGUCACUCAAGAAGCUAGGCCUUCGUAUUCAACUCGGACAUCCUAUUGGCCAGCGCUGUAUCCUUCCCCAUAAAGCCUUCAAUGAUGACUUCGUUAUCAUGGAUACGGACGGUAUACACCAGUAUCAUAUCCUUUCAUUUGAGUCGAAGGCAUCUGCAUACGAGUUCUAUCAUACACUCGUUCGCUUGACAGAUAAUACGGGCUUGUCAAAUCGUAAGGCAGACCGCUAUGAAGCAUUUAUGAGAACGGUGCGCGAAUGGCGCCACCUGAAGAUGGUGAAGCGCUUUGGUCGUGGUCACGACCCAGCCGGUGUUAAAGCUACAUCGCCCGGAGAGUGUGCUAUUCUAUGUCCAGCAUGCCCACAGCCGGGCAAGAAUCUGCCUGACGGUUGGCAAGAUGUCGGGAAAGCCAAACGGUGGCUAUAUGCAAUUUUUGUUGCAAUAGACGCGAAUUUUCGAUUGAAGAGACGCGAUGUUUCGAAUGAAGAUGUAGACCCCAGCCUUUCAAAGGCUGGGCGAUACAAGACCUUCCUGGCCCAACACCUCGGAGAUGAGCAGGAGAAAAGCUCAUGUUCAAAUCACAAUGCCGUCAACAUGGCUGAUACGAAGCUGUCACAAGGGCUCGCAGCUACAGGUGUGGGCACAAUCAAUUGCGCCCGUCAUAACAUGAAACGACCAAACGGAGUCGGAGAUUUACAGAAAGGUGAAAAAUACCUCAACAUGGACUAUCUGUUUUUUUCGACCUUACGCAGUACACAACUCCAAAUGUUGAAUGUUUCAUACGACAUCACGUGCCAAUGGCACAAGAACCUCUGGGCGCGGAUGAAAUCAUUUCCUCAAUCCCACAGUUUGGACUACCUCACAAAGUUUCAUCUCCCCGCACAUAUCACAAAGUGUCAAACACUUUUCUCAUUCAACUUUACGUGUUUCGUCGGCCGCACAGAUGGUGAGGCCCCAGAGAGAGGGUGGUCAAAUAUUAACCCCGUGGCCUCGAGUACGAAGGCUAUGGGCCCUGGCUGCCAUCGUGACACUCUGGACGACCAUUUUGGGGAUUGGAACUGGAAGAAAACAGUUGGGUUGGGCGCCUCUCUCCUCCUCAAGAUCAAGGACACCCUUGCUGAGAGGGCUGAACACAAAAUGGCAUUCGAAGAAUUCGACACCACUAUCACUCCCGACCACCGUUCUGCGUGGUUGGCAGAAAUGGAGGUUUGGGAGGUCAAUCCCAAUGACACAACUGUUUUUAAUCUGCUCGAGGCUAAAGCUACAUCCAUCACGCAAGCAAGUGCAUGGCUUAAGCUUGCUGAGUUGGAGGCCGAGGAACUUCAGCGGGGCAUCGACACGUCUUUACAUCCGGAAAUAUCACGUAGUGUGCUCAUCGCCACUGGCAUCGACCUCGAAGAGGAGCAGCGUUGUUUGACCAUUGCUGUGGAAUCCUUAGGUAUCCAUGCUACUGAUACACAAAAAAGCAGCAUCGUGCGAAUGCGGAACUCGCUACGGCGCAAAAUCGACACGUGGAGACGCGCCCAAGUCCUCUACCUCCCCGCUGUCCAAAGCAUUAUCAAUCAUGCAGCGCGUGAAGUUCAAGAGAAUGCCGAAUGCAUGAAGCUUUGGCUACCUUCCCAGCUGAGAGACAAACCAUGUGAUCCACGCCUGCAAAAUGAUGAGUGGGAGUUGCGCUACGCUCAAGCUCACGACACACUCGAAGAGAUCCGUCAGUGCUUGCGGAUUCAUUGCUCUCUGCUGUCAUUCAAACCAGAAUGGAUCCGGGGUCAAGGCGCGAACACGCGAGCUCAGAAUGCUCUCGCUCGGGUCCAUGGAAGGCGCACUGCGUGCAUGAAGCGAUACCGGUCGACAUGGGUGGCGCUCAAGGCCCUAGCUACAGCAAUGGGGAAGAAAGACUGGCAGGGGAGUGACAAAGGUGAUAAUGAUGGUGUCUGCAUCAAGUGGUGUAAAAGCCGUGCGAGGGCACUGCGCUGGUCAGAAGAGGUGGAGUUGUUGAGGGAAGAGAUGCGCAGAGUGCUUAAGUUUUUUGCCUGGCAGGCAGCGUGGUGGGAAGAUCAAGGAAAGCGGCGUGUUGGAGAGUGUGCCGCGCACGCUGAAGGGGUGUAUGCAUAUGCUGUCCGACAGGCUAACCUCCGUCGCAGGAUGGCAGACGAUUUUCGCAUACUGUGCUUCUGCGUUGUGCCUGCCAAUCUAUGGUUUGUGAUGGAUCGGGUCUUCUGGAGCUUCUGCGUAGUGUACCUUACAUACAUCAUUGUCCCUUACAUACAUUAUUGA